UUACGUCACUGCCCAGAAGGAAGCGGUGAGAGAGACUGGGAAGACAGGUUGGUCGCCGCUGGUAUCCGAGGAUGAAGGUUUCCUGUGAGGCCGGAGCUCAGGGCUCUCUGGGCCGCGCCUGGAAGCAGAUGUCGUGGCUGUAUUACCAGUACCUGCUGGUGACCGCCCUGUACAUGCUGGAGCCGUGGGAGAGGACCAUCUUCAACUCCAUGUUGGUCUCAAUCAUUGGAAUGGCUUUGUAUACAGGAUAUAUUUUUAUGCCGCAACAUAUUCUCGCAAUUUUACACUACUUUGAGAUUGUUCAGUGACACAAAGGGGACUUCCAUGGCAAGGCCUAUAAGGACAGAGCAUCGGUCUUGGGCAUUAUUGGUGUCAGAAUGAAACAGAGAAGUUGGCAUUGCCAUGUCCUGCUUAGAAGACGCCAAGAUUGGAUCAGUGUAAUAAAACUGCCAUAGACCUUCUCCUAUGGGCACGGUCAAUUGACGCUCUUUAAAGUUCCUCCUGCUGAACAAUGCUAUUCUGGCAGAGCUGAGGGCAGUAUUUUCUGUGUCACAUGUUUUGUUGAAAGCAGUAAAUAUUUUAAUAUUACACUGUAAAUUUAUUUUUAGUUUAACGUUUUGGUUUAUUUUUACAUUCCUUUAUUUUUUUUUCUUAUGUUACGGUCAUCUCACUGGUACAUAUGUUGUAACACAAGUUUGUACACAAUUUUGUUAAUUAUGGAGGAAAACCAAACACAGUUGUAUGCUAAAAGUUAUAUUUUGUCUACCUUUUCUUAAACUAUUUUUAUAUCCCCCCCCCCCCCCCCCUUUAAUAUAAAUUGAAUGUCAGCUGUAAUACCAUGUUUGUUAAAGGGAUUGUCCCAUCUCAACAUUUAUGGCAAACCCAUAGAAGAUGCCACAAAUGUCGUAACACUGUAUAUGUACUAUGGAUAUAAGAGGACACAGAGUUCAAGUGUGUGCUAAUAUUGUGUGGAAAGGUGGCAUCUAUGUGCAGCUGCAACAUUAAGAAAGCGAACCUGUUGAAAUUGCCUAGAUUUUUACGUUGACAAUAAAAUAUGUGGACUGAU